CCUUCUUCGUCUUUCCUUGUCCUGUAGCGCCGCCUCUAUCAUGCCCUAGCCUACCUCCACCACCACCAUCACCACCGUCUCGCUCGCGGUCUCGUCCCCUAUAUAUACCUCGCCGCCGGAUCCGCCUCGCCUCGUCCCGCGCUCUCUCCUCCCCUCCUCGACGAACAGCAAGCGCGCGCGCUCUCAUCUCGAGAUCGUAGCUGAAGAUUACACAUUGGGAAACUGGUGUACUGCCUGCCUCUGCGAUCGAUCGAUCGAUCGAUCGCCAUGGCUGACGCGAAGGGCGACGAGGUGUUGGCGGAGGGACAGAUGCCUCUGGGACGGUGGCCGAUCCUGUCCUACGGUGUCGGCCACAUGCUGAAUGACAUCACGUCUGCCUGCUGGUUCACUUACCUGCUCCUCUUCUUGCAAGAAAUCGGGCUUGCUCCAAGGGAUGCAGCUAUUGUGAUGCUUUCUGGCCAGGUUGCAGAUGGCCUAAUGACGAUUCUUGCAGGCGAGAUGAUCGACCGAUUUGGGCACUUCAAGCUGUGGCACAUCGGAGGAUCAAUCCUAGUCGGCAUCUCCUUCUCCUCUGUCUUCGGUGGAUGUCUUCUCUGCACCGUCCUGGGGACCGAUUCCUACCUUGUGAGAACCAUUGGUUACAGCUUCUUCGCUGCCGUCUUCAACAUCGGCUGGGCGGCCACACAAGUUUCACACAUGUCAAUGGUGAACUGCAUGACACUGAAUUCCACAAGCCGGGUAGCCUUAGCAAGCUGCAGAAAUGCGUUCACUAUGGUGGCAAAUCUUGGUUUAUAUGCGAUAGCUUUGGUUGUAUUUGCUUUAGUGAGCGCGAAGGCAUGCUCAGACAUUGUUCUUCAGUACCGUUGGAUAGCGUACGUUUCAAUUUUUGUGGGAUGCUGCUUCCUAGUGGUGUUCUAUGCUGGAACAAAGGAGCCGACUUUGCAGUCGGGAUCUGACUGCAAGAAAUCGGCUAGGAUUUCCUGGGGCUACUGGUUCAAGAAGGCCUUGUACUACCAAGUCGCUCUGUUGUAUAUGCUUGCAAGAUUGAUCACAAAUGUCUCUCAGUCUCUCAUCGCGUUCUACGUCACUAGAGACUUGAAGAUGAAUGAGUACUCCAAAGCGAUUAUACCAGCCAUCAUAUUUUGCUGCAGCUUCCUCGUCUCUGUUGUUCUCCAGGAGAUAAAGUGGAACAGCCGCCGCCUGAAGUCGCUCCUCACCAUCGGAGCAAUACUCUGGGUGAUCGCUGGAGCCGCCGUCUUCGUCCUCCCGAGUCAGAUGCACAACCUUAUGUACCCUCUCGCUAUGGUCAUCGGAGCUGCAAACGCCCUCGUCAUGGUGACCACAAUUGGGCUAGAGAGCGCGCUGGUAGGAGACGACUUGAACGGCUGCGCCUUCGUCUACGGCUCGCUCAGCUUCCUGGACAAGAUGUCGUGUGGAAUCGCCUUGUUUGUUCUAGAAUCAUACGAAGAUUCGAUUAGCUGCGGCGAGACGAGGGGGCUGUACACGGUGAGCAGGUUUGGGACAGGUCUGAUCCCCUCGUGCUUUGCAGUCUUCGCGCUGCUGGUCACCUCAACCCUGAAGCUCCAGGACACCAACCCGAGAGCUGCCGCCGCUGCACUGGAAGCUCCACUCCUCGUCUGAAGCACGCCUCCGAGUGUGCUUCUCUUAAACUACAGGACACCAGAAAAAUCGACUGUAUGUAUCACUGUAUGUAUCACGGGAAGAAGAAGAAGAACAUACAUAAGAUGAAAUUGCAUUGCAGAACCCUCUUCAGUUCGGUCUGAAGAGGUAAGCUGCAGUCUGAAGAGGUAAGCUGCAGCGUGAUAGUGUCUAGUAAGAUUCAGAAUUCUGGCCCGAAUCUUAAACCUUCGAUGCUUGUAGGCAGUUAGAAAUGAUCUAAUCAGCUCUGUUACUGCUUCUUUUCAAUUAGAUUUGAAAAGGUCCAAUGCUUGUAGCAAUCUGUACCAGUGUUGUAUCAAAGAUUCAGUUUCGAGUGAGGUUUCCGUGGAAAACAGCAAAAGAUUCAGUUUUGA